AUUAUUCCCUCUACCACGAACAUCCUAAAAGAGUCAACUCUCCACUUCGAUCGUCCUCCGUUUACGAACCGGUAUGAAGAUCUUCAUCGAAACACUUUCCACCGGUAAAACCAUAACUAUCGAUGUCGAAAGCUCCGACACCAUCGAUAACGUCAAGGCGAAGAUCCACGAUAUGCAAAGCCUUAUCUUCUCCGGGAAGCAACUCGAUGAUGGUUGUCGAACUUUGGCCGAUUAUAACAUCCGGCAGGACUCGACGCUUGGUUUGGUUUUCACGUUUCCUCGUCGGAUGCCGAUCUUUGUCAAGACUUUAACAGGGAAGAAGAUUCAAUUGGAGGUGGAGAGUUGGGAUACGAUCGGCAACGUGAAGGAGAAGAUUCAGGAUAAAGAAGGGAUUCCAUGGUAUCAACAAGUUCUGAGUUUUGGUGGGAUGCAGUUGGAAGAUGGGAAAACAUUGGGUGAUUACAAUAUUCAGAAACAAUCCACUCUUCACUUUGUAUUGCGUCUUCAGACACUUUGUUGCGAGGAAGAUACAAGUGAAGAAUCAAAGCUUAAAUUCUUUGAAGACGAGGAAAGAAAUGUAGCUAGCAUGCAUAAUUUCAUUGGAAACCGUUCAAAAUCAGUUGAUGGAAGAAAGGCUAUUCGCUGUACAAUCAUGGAAUUUCUUGCCAUUGUUCGAGGGUAGAGUUGAAGUACGAAUCGAGGGUAGAGAAAUUCGAAUUGAGAAUUUUGACCUGAAGAAAAUGGUAAAAAUAGAUGAAGUACAAAGGAUAGAGAAGAGGAAAGAGAAAUUAAGAAUCUACAAAGUCGAAAUAGAAAAGGUAAGGAAUGAUGCAAUGUUGUGUAAGGCUGCUUUGAUUGUUUCGUGGCUACUUUAUGUUGUAAUUAAAUUAGUCUUUUAGUGUAGUGGUUUAGUUAUUGAUUCUAGUG